GACUCUUUUCUCAGUGAAGCCAUCUUGGCAAACGUUAGUAACGUGAAAUAAAACUUAAAUUUUUUCAAAAUGGGUCGUAUGCACGCACCAGGAAAAGGUAUUGCCCAGUCGGCAUUGCCAUACAGAAGGAGUGUACCAACAUGGUUGAAAGUCACACCAGAAGAAGUAAAAGACCAUAUUUUUAAACUUGGCAAGAAAGGCUUGACUCCAUCACAAAUUGGUGUUAUCCUCAGGGAUUCAUAUGGUGUCGCCCAAGUAAGGUUUGUUUCUGGAAACAAAAUCUUGCGUAUCAUGAAAGCUAUGGGUCUUGCCCCUGAUCUACCAGAAGAUUUGUACUACCUUAUCAAGAAGGCAGUAGCUAUCCUGGCAGGAUCGCCAUGUAAUAAAUAG